CUUAACAAGCUAUACACACGGGACAUAUCUGUGUACUAGAUAAGGGUACAUAUUUAGUACACGUGUAAGCCCAGGUAAUUUACCUCAGAAUACCCAGGAGCGAGUCAAUAUCGUGAACGUUAUGUCCAAACUACAGAUUGUUUAUUUCUUUUUGAGGGGCCGAGCCGAGGCCAUAAGAACGCUGUUAGUAGAACAAGGCGUGGAGUAUGAAGAAACAGACGUCAUGCCGAUGGAAAAAUGGCUCAAUUACUGGAAGCCAAAAAUGGCAUUUGGUCAAUGUCCUUUGCUUAUAGACGGCGACUUUGAACUCGUUCAAUCGAACGCUAUCCUCAGGUACCUAGGACGAAAAUACGACCUGUAUGGUUCCAGUAUACAGGAAGCUGCCCGCGCUGAUAUGAUAAAUGAUGGCGUGGAGGAUCUAAGGGGAGCGUACACUGUUCUUAUCUACCAGAACUAUGAAGAUGGAAAAGAUGACUAUGUGAAAGCCCUUCCAGACAAACUGAGACCUUUUGAAAAUCUAAUGAAAGACACUAAAGGAUACAUACUAGGUGAAAAGAUGACUUUUGCGGACUACAAUCUAUUUGACCUUUUGGAUAUUCAUUUGAUCCUUGCCCCGACUUGCCUUGAUACUUUUCCAGCAUUGAAGUCCUACCAUUCACGAGUAUUGCAAAGACCUGGAGUCCAAAAGAGAAGAAACUCUCAAAACUUCAAAGACAUGAAAAUUAAUUUUAACGGAAAGGAGUGAGAAGGUCGCGCAAUAAUAUAAUGAUGAUGCAAAAACGGAAGAACGAUGAACCAAUUUAAAUAAAAAAGAUGAAAUUGUUGAAUUUCUCCCAUCGACUGAAAUUUUUGAUUUGGCAAAUUUAAAGAGACAAAGAAAUGCAUUUUAUAAAGAAUAUAAAAACAUUGCAAAAUUA